AUGCCGCAGCCCCCGUGGUGCCCGGCGCACGGGGACAUGCUCCCGCCUCCGAAGCCACUUCCAGUGCGGCCCUGGCCUUUGGACCUCGGCACCAUUCGUGCACUGGGCUCUGGGGCAAUGGGCUCGGUGCUCUUGGGGAAAUCGGCCUACAUGCGUGUGGCCAUCAAGAAGGUGCCCCCAGAGUACCAAGAGGCGGCUGAGCGAGAAGCGGAGGUGUGGGCCGUCCUGCACCAUCCGAACGUGGUUGCCCUCGUUGAUGCGUUCCACGACCAGUCAGAGGGCGGCAAGGUCUUGGUCAUGGAAUACGCCGGGCUUCCACUUGACUCGCCGGGCUGCCGGCGUCCGCCAUCCUUGGAAGCUUCUCGGUUAUGGGCGUGCGUAGGUGUUCAUGUCAAUUAUACAGCUCUUGCGGAGCGUGUCUUGCCAGCCAGGUUGCUCGCAGAGUAA